AGGACGGUUGGACUGUGGCGGGGUGCGGCCUCGGCCUCCUCCGAGGGCCGCGCCCGCCCCUCCCUUCCUGGGCUCCAGGCGCCGCGGACAGAGGGCUAGGCUGCGGGAGGUCUAGCUCCGGGCGGCCGAGGUGAAGGCGUCGCCCCGGGCCCUCCGCACGCGGUGGCGGGGCUCUGUCGGUGGCGGGGCCGCAUGGCGCACUGCCGCUCUCGGCCUUUCUCCUCGGCCUGGACUCUGCGCGUGGCCGCUGGCGGGCCGGGGCCAACAGCCUGGGUGCGUGUUUGCCCUUGGGUGUCACACCCAUCGGUAAUCCAGUCUCUCCCUGAGGCUCCUGCGGCAGCUGGGGAGGCGGCUAGCGGGGGAGGUUUCCAGGGAGUCCCGCUGCUGACGGACGCCCAGAGCUUCACGCUACCCGCCUGGCCCAGAAAGUAAAGGAGCCACACCGGCGUUUCAUAGUAGGAGCUGCCUCCAGUGAAGUCCUGAGAGAGUGACGUUGUCCUGAUUCUAAAUCAGAUGUAUCUACACAUUUUCAUUCAGAAGAAGCCAGACUCCCAAACUGCUUGUCAAGAUGGAACAUCCGUCUACUCAUUUUAUGUGUUGUCUCUGUGCAUGGAAGAGGAGAGGAAAAGCCAGAUUUUCUGUUCCAGAGCCUCAGUUACAAGCUGAGAGAAAAUGAAGAAUUGUGUCUAAAGCAAGCCCUUUCUGAGGAGGUGGGGUGACAGAGAAAUUCCUAACAUAAGACUGGAGAAUUUUGCCCUGGCUUUUCUCCUUAGCCCUUAGUGGUCUCCAGUGGUCCUUCCUCCCUCCUGGGAACAGAGAAAGAUGGAGAAGCCCACGAGCAAAAAAAGGAAGACACAGAUCCCAAAGGAAGAAGGGAAUGUGCCAAAGGACACUUGCGAGCAAGAGAAAAUGUCUGGGAACAGACAGCCCAACAAGAGCUCCACUUUGGCUAAAAAGCACAGUAAAGAGCCCAGCCUGAGUCCCGAAGAGGAAGAACAUAUAUUUGAUGCCUUCGAUGCUUCAUUUAAAGAUGACUUUGAGGGGGUUCCUGUCUUCAUCCCUUUUCAGAGAAAGAAACCACACGAAUGCAGUGAAUGCGGACGCAUCUUUAAGCACAAGACAGAUCACAUUCGCCACCAGAGAGUUCACACUGGAGAGAAGCCCUUUCAGUGCGAUCAGUGUGGGAAGACGUUCAGGCACAGUUCCGAUGUCACUAAACACCAGAGGAUCCACACUGGAGAAAAGCCCUUUAAAUGCAGCGAAUGCGGGAAAGCGUUUAACUGUGGUUCGAAUCUCCUAAAGCAUCAGAAAACCCACACUGGGGAGAAGCCGUAUGAAUGUAAGGAAUGUGGGAAGACGUUUGCCUACAGCUCGUGUCUUAUUCGCCAUCGGAAACGUCACCCACGGAAGAAGCACUGAGCGUAGGGAAGCUGUCCACUGAGCACCACCCUGGGCAGACCUACCCCUCUGGUCCCCUCAUUCAGUGUCUGAUCGAUGCUGGGGUGUGUGAGAAACGUCUUCAGUGGACCUUUACUCAUUGGUCCCUGUCAUCACCAGGAAAAUCAGCCCAUCAGAUAAGCAAAUGCCAAGACGUGAAAAAAGACCUUUCUAGUCCAGAGACUCUCUAUGGAUCAGGACACUGUGAUAAUGUGGAAGCUCCUCGCAGCUGUGGCACCAGAGAUGGCACAUGUGUGAACUGCCAUCCACGGGGCAGGCUGCAGGCCCCAAGCACAGCCCACUGGCAGAGGCACCUGGCAUUUGCCAGCAGCCCUGCACCUCCCUCUGCUGCCUCUGCCUGUGGCAUCCACUCUGGCUUCAGACCUCUCACCUGCUUCUUUGGUCUGCAGACUCUUGGCUCACUGGGUCCCAAGCCCAUCCCCAUGCAGCCGGGCAGGAGGCCUAUGGCCCCAAGCUUCUGCAAUGAGCUCUGGGGACCCAGGUGCCCACUGGACUGCACCAGACCCCCGCUGUCCCUGCUCGGCUGGCUUCGGUGAUGGUGCUGUGGUUUGUUCUCUGGCUUCCCUCCUUGGGCUGGACCACCAAGCCCCAUCCCAGCUCCAUCCGCUGGAACUGGGCCCUCUGUGUGUCCUCCAGCCCAGCCGCCAUCCCAGAUGAGUGGCCUGACUUACCCAUAUGGACCACUUGGGACAGCUCUUCAGGGCCUACAUGCUGCCACCGUGGGAGGUUCCUGCCCUGGCCACAUGGUGGGGACCCCGGGACACUGAUGGCAGCUUCAAUCCAGUCUGCGUCUACCAUACAGCCCUCCAGACACAAGGUGGUCUGCUCCUGCCCCCCAAGAGGCAGCUCUCCGUUCAGGGCUGACAGGACAGGUCCCAGAAGCAGAAUGACAGGCAGAGAUCAUGCUGGCAGAUGCCUUCCUCUGGGCCGAGCCUUGUUGGUGCCCCAGCAGCACCCAGAUGGCAGGUCUACCCUGGCCUCUCCACAGGGCAGGUGGGUUUUAAUCCUUGCCAGUUUGUUAGAAGAGAACGUUCUCAUCUGAUGUCUGAUUUCUAGAAGGAAGCAGGUGGUGAAGAGCAGAGCUCUGGGGCAGGGGCUACUGACCUGACCCCCAGGCUUUGAGGAUGUGAGACCUUGGGCACGGUGCUCAACCUCCUUGAGCCUCAGUUUCUUCGGGUGUGAAGUGGGAUUGCCGAUGGUGCUGAACCUGAUUCCAUGACUUCCUCCAUGAAGCGAUUUUGAGAGCAGAUCACCCCCAAAGCAAGAAGUUCCUGAGGAAACGUGCAUGAAAAGGAACCUCAGAACUAUCAAGAAAGUUCCGCAGUCCUGAGCUCCGAGGAGGAGCAGAGGGCAAGAAGGAUGAGAAGAGAAAGCCUCUGGGAAAACUGUGAAAGCAUCCAGCACAGAAACGCCCCAGGGCACCUCGUCUGCCUGCCCAGGCUCCUCACCUGCUGCCUCAUCCGGCAUGGAGAGUGCUGGGCUGGCUCCAGGAUGAUGGCGCCAGGGCCGCAGAGAACCUUGAACAGCCCCAGGGACACCUGCAGAUGUCCCAGGGCCGUGACAUCAACUGUCCUUGACCGUGGCAUUCUGUGAGCUGUGCCAGCAUCUGUCCCUCCAGGUGUCAUCCCGGGCGUGAUCUGAGGGCAGCCGGGUCCCGGCGCUGGGGGAGAGCGGGCAGUGAAGGCCCACACAGCGGGUGGGGCUCUGCUUCCUCUCCCCGCAGGGCAAGGGGGCUGACUGGUGACUGGCCUCUGGUUGCCCUCGCCAGGCUCACUGCAUUCCUAGGGAGGCUGUGGGCACAAGGUGUCACCUGGGCUCUAUUUCUAGUGACCUGUCAUGUCACCCCCAGUUUGGGCCCAAGAUGUGAUCAUUUCUUUCCUCUACAAGCGAGCCAGACACCAAGAUUCACUGCAGAGCAAGACAGGACUGGGGGCCGGGUCCCGCAGCCUCAGCACCAGGGAGGAAAGCCCUGGGCUCCCAGGUCGUGGCACUCGGCAGAAGCCCGUGGUGCUGGGGACUCUUGGACAUUUGCUCUGGAGCAGGACAGAGAGAGGACGUAGUGAGGGCGGAGUUCUCAGGGAGCUGGGACAGAGGGGUGAAAGGGGUGUCUCUAAGGCCAGGGAAGCAGUGUUGGGAUGGGACGGAACGGGCUGGGGCCCAGGGUGGGAGCAGCCAUGAAGAAGAUGGGAUGCUCCGGGUCCACCACCCACCCAAGGGCAGGGCUCUGCUCUGAGCGGCAGCCUGUGCCUUCGAGGACCUCUCUGUGUGCCGAGCUCGGAGCUCACUGUCUCCUGGUUUCCUCCUCACAGACUCCAGCCGCCUCGUCAGCCAGUCACAGAGUGGCUGGUCCUCCCCUUGGCCAGAGCCCUGCCAGGUCCAGGCCUGGCCACAGGUGGAGUUGGCACUGCUGCCUGUGGUCACCUGCAGACUGUAGGCCUGGGCUUCCGAGGCCUGAGGACGGCGUCCUGGUGGGUGAGCACCCAGGGCUCCUCAGCCCCAGGGCACAGUUUGGUCUCGGCACUGGGAGUGCCCCAGUGUUGGUCACACUCACUGUGUCCCAUGUCUUGCCUCGCAUGCCCUGUGUCAGCCCUGUCACUGCAGCCUCACUGUGGCAUCCUGGUCCUCUCUGUAGUGUCCGUGCCUCAUGGUUUUACUGUGUGAUGUUCCGGGCGAGCCUGAGCACUCAGCCCAUUGGAACCCUCCUUACAGCCCCCGUGGGUCGCGGGCGCCCUGGGCGGGCAGCACUCUGGGCGCACAGCUGGUGGCCUUGGGCCGGCGGUGCAGACACUUUCCCUAGUCUAGAGCUUCCCACCGUCACUCUUACUCUUCAGAAAUUUAACUUUCCAAUGGGUGGAAUUUGUUGAACUUCCACCUUAUAGCAUCUCGCUCCCUUCUAUCCUCGGGGAGGAAGUACCCCACACUUGGGGCAGAUGCUCUGUCUUGUUGGCUGCCAGUCUCUGUGGCGUUUUCUUAGUCCCACUGGGAGCUGCGCCAGCCCCACCUCACUCCCCGGCUGCCUCCCGCAUUCUUCGCAGACGUGUCCUGUCCUGCGGCCUGCUGGUGUCUGUUUCCUCCUGUAAUAAACAUCUGUUCUGACCUGUU